AUGGGCUGCGCAAUAUCAGGUCUGGCACCGAAAACAGCUGGAGAAUCUAAGACGGAGGAUUCUGUUGCGCAUCUCAGCAAGGAGCAGAUUGAGAUGAUCAAAGAGUCGUGGAAAGUUAUCCAGGAGGACAUUGCAAAAGUUGGAAUUAUUAUGUUUGUCAGUUUGUUUGAGACCCAUCCAGAAUGCAAAGAUGUAUUCUUCCUCUUCCGAGACGUGGAGGACCUUGACAGGUUACGGACCAGCCGGGAGCUGAGGGCACACGGCCUACGAGUGAUGUCCUUUAUUGAGAAGAGUGUGGCCAGACUGGAACAGCUAGAGAGACUGGGGGUUCUGGUUGUGGAGCUGGGGAGGAGCCACUACCGCUACAACGCCCCACCCAAAUACUACAGCUAUGUAGGAGCAGAAUUCAUCUGUGCUGUCCAGCCCAUUCUCAAAGAGAGAUGGACCCCUGAGCUUGAGAAGGCGUGGAAGACCCUUUUCCUGUACCUAACCAGGCUUAUGAACCAAGGCUACCAGGAGGAGAGGAACAGACGUCACCAGGUGGGAGCCUCCCCCAAGGAGAGGAACACUGCCUUAUAAGAGACCUGGCUGGCCCCAACUCAAGAGAUGGUUGAACAUGCAGACAUGUUGCUGAACUGUGUAUAUAGUGUAUUUAUUACUUAGUGACCAUUUUCUACUUUGCUCAUGUUAUCAGCCUACAAUGUAAAGUCAAACUGUCCAUUCCUUAUUUUAUUUCAAAUCUAUUUCAGUCUUUAGAUCA